AUCUAGAUCUAUAAUACAGACUACAGACAUAUUUCAAUACAGCAGAGCUAGAUCUAUAUAUGCUCUAAUCAUCUAGAUCUGUUGUCCUUGUAAACUAAACUUAUCUAGAUCUAUUAGAUCUAGAUCUAUAUAUUAUCGUUAAAACUUACAUACUUUGGCAUAAUGAUUACUAAAGAAAUUAAACAAAAAGAAUACCUUAGAGGCACCAAAUCUGCACGAUUGAGAAACUUCAUCGGACUAGGAAUGGUUAUAAUGACCGCAAUAAUUUCCAUUCCAACAUACAAAUAUCUAAGUAAAACAAUUAAUUUUGAUUUUAGACAGUCUCGAGAGGAAGAGCAAAAGGCUAAAAUUAAAGAAAUGUUUGAACUUCGUUCUGCUCUUUUGGAAGAAAAAGAAAAAGAUGUGACAAAAUUGAAAGCACCCACACGAUAGAGAUCACAUAAUAAUAGUGUGACACUCAAAUAUUGUUUGUUUUUUUAUUAUUCUUACUCCUAUUAUUAUUUGAGAAAAAUACUUUUCUAGAAUGGAAGGAACUGAAGGUAAUGAUGAAGAUUUAAUAUUUAUUAAUGAAGGAAAUAAAAAAUUGUCUUGUUUCAAGCCAACGUUUCAAAUCAGGAAAGAUUUGAUGGAAAAGGCAAUAAAACAUGUUGAAACUGCUAACUGGUACAAGAAAAAAGCAAAUGAUAAAAAAGCAGCAAUAAUUUGUGAUGGGAAUGACACUUUGGAUUUUAAAGAUUCUUGUAUUCACAACAGAAAAACAAAAUUAAAACUCAAAAACUGCUCAUCAGUAUCUUCAAAAAAUAUCUGUUCUUCAAAAGAUAAACUAAAAACAGGCUUAGAUUCAAAUAGUAGUAAAAAUAUAGUUCAAUCUGCCUCUCAAAAUGAGGUACCAGCAACUUCCAAAACAUUUAUAAAAGACAAUAAUGUUGAAACUUUAUGUGCUGCUAAAAAACUUUGCUUCAUAUGUAGCUCUAGCUUUGACAUUUUGGAAUUUGAAAGUCAUUUGGAAAGUUGUCUGAAGUUGAAAUUUUCCAAAACAUCAGGCUUAGAUGUGGCAGGAACAUCCAAUUACCAGAUAUGUGAAAAGAGUAUAGCCCCUUUGCAAGAACCCCAUACUAAUAAAUGUAUGGAGAAGGUGGAAAACUGUCAAGAAAAUGAUGUGCACACAGAGAGCUUUGGUAUUUCCAGUAAAACAGUUUUAAAUUGCCCUAUGUGUGGAAAAAAGUUUCAAACAACAGCUAGUAGACGUUCUCAUCUCAAAAAGUGUUCAGCUUCUAAUAAGAUGUCUGCAGAAAUGGUAAAAAAUAUGUUGAGACAGCAGGAUGAAGAAUAUCAAAGUAAAUUACAGGCUGGCUUCUUGUCUGACGAAAUUGUGUUAAAACCAAAACAGUGUUCAAAAGCAAAGCCUUCACUUUCUAAAGAUGAAGAUUUACAGCUAGCUAUGGCAUUAUCAUUAUCCAUAGUGGAAGAAAAUGAUUCACAUGGGAUAUAUGCUGAAGAAUCAUUAAAUGCAAAUCUAGGAAACUGCAAACAAACCAAAGACCAAAAAGGCUCAAAUGGGAGGAAAAAAAAUGAAAAGAAGGCAAAACAGCUUGAACCAACACCUUUGUUAAUGAGUUUAUCUAAGGAUCAAGCUUAUGAAAGAAUAUUACAAAGAGUGGAUAAAUACAUUUUCUCCAAGCAUUGUGUAGAUGAAAAGCAAGCCCAGUUUUUCAAAUCUCACUCAAAGAUGAUGAGUGAUUUAACAGUUUCUGAAGAAAUAGACCCAAAACUUUGGUUUCUAACUUCAUUAGAGAUUGAUGAAACAAAUUAUCAUCCCUUGCAGUUUUAUGUGAUGAAGUUGAUGCCUCCGUUAAAAGUUAGUAAUGUAGAAACAGGGAGUAAAAUACAAAGACUUUCUUUUAUCCCUGGACGCAGAAAAUCAUUGGAAGGACCACUACAAAAAGAACAAAAAAGCUCUGAUGAUAAAGGAACUUCAUUAUCUCAAACUGCUGAAAUUUUAGCAAAUUUAGUCAUGGAAAAUGAAAUGAGUGACUCACAUCAGGAAGUGAUUGUAGACGAAAAUAUUCAUAUCAAUCAAAAGAAGUCUUUACCCAGCUCAGAAGACAUUAGUGUACCUGGAUUUUUUCCUGAGACCACUAAAGUAGAUAAUGAAUGUUUCAAUUCAAGUCUGAAAGAUUCAUACCUUGCAUUGGUCAAUACAAGUAGUUUUAGUGAUGUAGUGGUUUUAGCUGAAGGAGACACACAAAUAUUUGCACAUAAAGUAGUGCUACAUGCUAGAUGCUCAAAGCUUUUAAAUAUGGUAUCUAGCCAUGAUGGGACAAGUAUUAUUGACUUAUCAGUUUACUCAAAAGACAGUGUUCUUUCAACUUUGAAAUUUGUGUAUGCAGAUGUCAUUUCUUGCUCAGAAUCUACUGCUUCUGAUAUUGUCAAGCUUUCAGCAAUGUUAGGCUUAGAGAAGUUAGGAGCAGCUGCAAUGUCUCAUUGUGUUUCUACUCAAAUCGGAGAAAAUCUUGUGGAUAGGGAAAAUGUUCAAGAAUGUGAUUCAGAAGAGGAAGAGAAUAGACUCAAUGAAGAUGAAUACAAUAGACACAAUGAGGAUGACUACAGUAGACACAAUGAGGAUGACUACAGUAGACACAAUGAGGAUGACUACAGUAGACACAAUGAGGAUGACUACAGUAGACACAAUGAGGAUGACUACAGUAGACACAAUGAGGAUGACUACAGUAGACACACUAUGCAAAGAAAGGUUCACCACAAUCCUAUAAUAGUUGAUUCUGAUGUUGGCCAUACUAAUGAUAUUCCAAUGGAGAUAAACCAUGACACUGGUGAAGUUAACGAAGAAGAUAAUGUAGCUAUUGAGUUAGACUCUACAUCAUCAGAAAGCUCCCCAAAAGAGAUAACAAGUGACAAUCAAAAUGAUUAUGGUGAUGGAAAUAAAAUUGUGGAAGUCCUCGAAAGCUAUUAUGAUCAUGAACUCUUAAACAUUUUAACACCUGACAUUGCAUCCACUGAAACUGUUCUUAAAGAAUCUGAAAUAUUGUCCAUCACACCUCUAGAUGAAACUGAAAAAUCUGAAAUGUUGUCCAUCACACCUCUAGAUAAAACUGAAACUGUUUCUAAAAAAUCUGAAAUGUCCCUCACAUCUCUGGAUAAAACUGAAACUGUUCCUAAAAAAUCUGAAAUGUUGUCCAUCACAUCUCUGGAUAAAACUGAAACUGUUCUUAAAAUAUCUGAAAUGUCCAUCACAUCUCUGGAUAAAAUUGAAACUGUUCCUAAAAAAUCUGAAAUGUUGUCCAUCACAUCUCUGGAUAAAACUGAAACUGUUCCUAAAAAAUCUGAAAUGUUGUCCAUCACAUCUCUAGAUAAAACUGAAACUGUUCCUAGUAUUUUACAAAGUGCUAGUUAUGAUAAAGCUAAAAACUCUAGAACAAAAUUAGGCCCAUAUGUUGAUAAAUCAAUGCAAAGAAAUGUAUCCAAUUCAGUUACUGAUGAAGCUAAAAAUUCAGAAAACUUGUCUUGCCACUCUGUUGUUAACACAGAAUGUUUGAACAUUUUAUCCAAUAGUUUAAGCCCUGAACCAAUGAUUAUGUCUAACAAUGCUAAAAACUACUGUGGCACAAUGCAACUUGUUCAAAGGAUGCCCUUUAGUCAUGGUGUGGAGGAUAGACUAAAAACAAGUUUAUUGUAUACUGAAGAGAAUGAAGAUGUUAGUAUUUUAUCAGAUUCUUUGUCCCAAGAAAUAAUAUUCACCAAAGUAGAUAAAGGUUCAGAUGGUUUGGAUUCAGUGGAAGUAGAAAGCCAUAGCAAUAAUAAUAAAUCUGCUUUACCUAUGACAGAAACAUCUAAUGUUCAAUCAGAAGUUAAAAGUACUGAUACUAGUCCUAGAGGUGGUCUAGCAAAAAAAAGGAAACGAAAGAAAAUAACAUCCAAACAUUUCAAAGACAUUGUUAAAAAAGUUGUGUCCAAAUUGCACAAUGAUGACCAGCAAAAUAGCUCAGAAGUAUUAUCUACUGAUGAUGUUGAAAGCAUAGCCAUCAAAAUGGAGCAAGAUUUUUCCUCUAUUUACAACUUUUCAGUUGCCAAUGAUAGUGUUUAUUUCCCAUAUAUCCUGGAUCAGGUGGAGCUGAAUACUGAGGAGAUCAUGAUCACUUUUGCUGAUAUCAAAGUACCAUUAGAGAAACAGAGAGGUAAAAGAAAAAUCAAGGAAAAAAAUCAGAAGGAACUCGGGGUCACAUCUAAAUCUCAUAGCUCUUUACCUAAUAACAAUGAUUCACCAAACAAAAUGAAUAAUAAACAAAAGAGAGAUAUGCAUCUUACAUCUCAUAUGGUCUCUAAUCAGUCUAACAAAGAUGUAAUGAAUGCAAAGGAAGAUAUGUCUAUCAACAUAAAUCUAAACAGCAUUUCUCAAGAAACAUAUGCAAACUUAGGUAAACAUUUUGUUAAAUGUCAAACAUCUUCAGAAUCUCAGGUAGAGAAGCCUUUAUUUGAUACAAGAGAUGGGUUAUCUACCUUUUGCUCUGAAAUGGUUGAAUCAUCUCAUUUGUCUGUACCUUUUUCAAAUGAUCAAGUAGCCACUAACACUAAUACAUUAAUCAGUGAUGAUGAACUUUUUAGUGAUACUGAUCAGGAUCUGUCUGCUUCCAUUGAAAAAAGUAUGUUUAUAAAUAAAACCCAUGUGAGAACUCCAUCAGAUACCCAUUCACCACUACCUAGUUUAAAUUCUCACAAUUCUAAUGUCAGUACUAAACUGAAGGAAUCAGAGUAUAUAUCAACAUUUCUUUCUACUGAAGGGUCAAGUGGCACUGACAGUUACAACAGUAACAAUACUUUCAAAACAAAUGAGGUGUUUGUAAAAGAAAAGAUCAUUUCUGAUGUAGUUAUCAGUCAUAUUGCUCCCUGUUUUACAAACCAAGAACCUUGUAAAGUUGCACCGUCAACAGAACAUAAAAAAACAAAUGAUUUUCUUAGUUUGUCUAUAGGGCUGCUUCCAGAAAAUUGCCAGCUAGGAACAACCACCAAAAAUAAUGAAAAAUCACAUUCAGUUGAAAGAAACAUUAAACAGACAAUUCUUUUUUCAGAAAGUCCAAAAGCUAGUGCUUCCAAAAAAACACUGAUUGAUAAUGAGACUAUAACUCCUCCAACAAGUAUUCAACCAGAAAGUAAAUCUUGCCCUGAACCACCAAAAGUUAUUACUUCUCUUAAACCAAGUAUUUAUUUAGUGACAGAUGUAGACACUAAUGACACCCAGAUAGGUAAAGCGUCAUCUUUGAUUUCUAUUCCUUCAAAAAGUGUUCAAAAAGCAAUUAACAGCAGCGAUAUGCAGCUGACAGAUAAAUAUUUUUCUACACCAAAUAUUAAUAGUACUGGAAAUCUAAACAGUUUCAGCAACUUAAAUAUAUCAGACAUUUCAACCAGUCCCUUAAUCAGCAAAUCAAAGUCACCAAUAAAAACAAAACGAGGAUUAGCAAAGAAAAAUUCUCCUCUUUUGCUCUCCUCCGCAGCUCUUCACAAGUCCCAUGAGUCAUUUCUUACUUCACCAGUAGUCAAAGAUUCUUUAACCUCUCCAGCUAGGGAAUCUGAAUUAUUUCCUAUCAAUACAAGUCAAGGGGCUAGCUCUCUUGAGACCAAAGCAUAUUUGUCUCAGACCAUUCCAGUGGAAUCUGACAAAGAUGACCUUUUAUUAACUAAUGAGCUUAAAAAAAAAAGAAAGGUAUCCUCAGGAAAACAUUGUUUAAGCCAAUCUGAUGUCAAGUAUUUCAAAUCAGAAACUAAAGUGAAUUUUGUAUUAAGUCCUGAACUUGUACAUACAAUGGCAGCAAAUUUAGCCAAAGUCACACAGAAAAUUCAGUUAGAUGACAGCAUAAAAUGUAAAGCUGAUAAUAAUAGAAAAAAAUUUAAUGAAAAAGUUGACAAUGAAAAGUCUGUGGCAACAGUAGACAAGCUAGCAUCUUCCAAUAACAUUCAACUUACAGUGCCAUUGGUGGCAACAGAAAAAACUAACAAUCCUUACCAGCAAGGAAGCUCAAGGGAAAUUGAUAUGUCUCCUUUACCCCUUCAUCAGAGGUUAGGGUUACUUAAUCCACUUAGUAAGAGUUGUGAACACAUUGAAUCUGCAUUGAACAAAACAUCAACAGUCAUUGAUUUAACCACAUUAGAUGCACAAGAGAAAAAUCAAGACAGUGAUUUUGUUUUUGAUGACACUUUAAAUGUCUCAGAGCUUGAGGAAAUUGCUUUGGCAUCACCAAAUAAGCUUCCAAACCAGGACAUUUUCACUACUAACACAGAAGUUGUUCAAGCUAAAACACCAGCAAAUCAAAAAAUUAAACAACUAGUGAAGGAAAAAGGAUGUAAAGAACCAUCACCAUUUACACCAAUGCCUCAGUAUGAUGAAAUGGCAACACCUGAUCUAAAGAAAGCUGCAUCCAAAAUAGGAGUGAGGCCACAAGUGGGUAAAAAAAGAUUGAAAGAACUGCUGAAGCAUGUUUAUAGUGCUACACAUCAAUAUGAAACAGAUAGUGAUUAUGAGGGUACACCAGUCAAAUACCAACGUAAUGAUUGGACAACCAAGACUUCAAUGCCAAACAAUCAUAAAUUAGCCCAGACUUUCAAGAAAAAAAAAGGAAAAACACAGUAUACAAGUGUGAAAACCAAGAAUGUUGGCAUUGAUCCAUCAGACUUGGACAAGAAUGUUACAUCAAUGAACUCAUCUUUAGUUCAGAAGGAUGAGGAUACUGAUGAACUAUUAACAGCAUCACAAGAUUCUAGUUACAGUGAUGGUCCAGAUUUGCCAGAAGAAAGUAUACUUCAAGGUUGGCCUGAAGAAGAAGUUCCCUUAGACUAUGAUAGUCAGACUGGCAGUGAAGACCAAGUACAAAAGCUAAUACAUUUUCUUUCUGACAACCAAGAUAUCUAUCACAGUAUUUUGCUAUAUGAACCUCUGGAGUUAGAUGUUUUGAAGAAGAAAUUAAGAGAUUUUGGAAUCAAGCUAGGCUUAGAAAAAAUCAUGAAUUUUCUAGAUGAAAGAUGUAUUACCUUUACUUUGAAAAAUACAAACAAAGGCCAAAAUCGAUACCAGAGAAGAUACCAGACUAAAAAGUCUUCUGGAAAAAAAACAAAACAAUCAGAAUAAGAAUAAAAGAAUGAAAUUUAUUUCUGCACCAAGAAUCACUAUUAAUUUAGGACAAUCAUACUUUCACAGAAUUGUUCAAGAAUUGAAUUUGAAACAAUUGCUGCCCUCAUGCCUUGAGUUUGUACAGAUUGAACUGCUGUAGUUUAUAUUAAAUGUUAUAUUGUAUAUAUUAAAAUUGGUUAAAUUCUGGUACUGGAUACGUUUUUAUUAGUUAUUUUCAUGUAUGCGAAUACAGCACAUUGUAUAAAAAAAAAUUAUUGUAUAGAUCUAUGUAUUUUUCUCAAAUAAAUAGUAAUUAAACCACAUGUUAAUAAA